GUCUGGAUGAUGUCCAAAGAACAGGCCACCGCACUGCUACAGGACUACCUCGACCACGUGUAUCCACUUCUCCCGGUCAUCCACGGACCGUCAACCCGAAAUCUCGUGAAUGACUUCUACAGCCGACUCUCGCGCGGUGAGCAGAUCACGCCGCAGCAUGGCGCCCUGAUCCUCAGCGUCGGGGCGGUAAGCGCCUACUUCUGGCAGCCCGACGCCCACCAGCACAGCCGCUUCGCGUCUCCCGAAGAAGCAGGACAGCUGUCGCUGAUCUGGAGGAACUGGGCAUCAAACAUCAUGACCGAGUCGCAUGGGACGUCGCUGGAGGGCGUGCAGGCCUGGACGAUCCUCUCCUUCGCGAUCCACAACGUCGACAGCGGCUGCACCCAGCGCUUCAGAUUCCUGCACAACUGCGCCAUCCACGCCGCGCGGGAGCUGGGCGUACAUCUCGUCGACAGCCCGCGGUCCCAGGCGGGCGACGACCGGAUCGGCCGCGAGCUGAAGCGGCGCAUCUGGUGGUAUCUCGCGACGUCGGACUGGAUGCUGGGCUUCAUCGGAGGCCCGACCGAGGGCAUCUACUCGGUUCUGCCGCGCCAUAUGAGCGUGAGGUACCCGCGCAACCUGAACGACAACGACCUCGCCACGUGGGACGAGUCGAUGACGGCGCCGCUCAACGUCCACACCCAGCUGUCCUUCAUCCUGCAGCGGAUACGCAUCGCCGAGAUCACCCGGGCGAUCCUGGACUCCCGCCCGGCCGGCAGCCCCGACGCCGACACGCUUGACUACGACCAGGUGCUCGCCCUGGACCGCCUGUUCGAGCAGGCCGUUGCCGACCUCCCGCCGUUUUACCAGAUCCGCCACGACAGCCCCGUGCAGCCCGAGCCGCUGGACACGCUCGGGCUGCAGCGGGUGCUGAUCCAGCUCGGCCUGCUUUCCCGGCGGGCGCGCCUGCACCGCCCUUUUCUCCUCCUGCAGGGCGCCGCUGCUGACCCGCGGCACCGCCAGUCGCGCGAGACCUGCCUGGCCUGCGCCCGCGCCGUCGUCGCCAUCUCCAUCGGCGUGAUCGAG